UAGGCGCCACCGCUAUGGUGGCGGCGUCCCGGCCAGGCGCCGGUGCCACGGUGGUGGCGGCUCCUCCGGACGCCAGCCAUCUUUUCCGAUGACAUUCGUCGUCCCCCGGAUCUCCGGCCUCCCCCGGCGUCCCCGUACGACUCCACAUUUUUUGGUGAGUGAAAUUUUCGUUUUCAGAGAAAAUUGACAAAGGGACAAAACUGUCAAAUCAUAUUAAUUUUGUGGGCUUUAUGUAGUAAUUUGUGGGCGAUGUUUAACAAAUCCUAAAAAAAAAAAACAUUCGGCUGUCCUAAAAAAAAACAACUUCCUUCGAUUUCUCUCUCCACCAGUCCACCCAAAAGGCCAAAACACUUGCUGCUAGUCUGCUACCAGCCACUUUAUUCUGUCUGAAAGAGUGAAAGUAGAAAAUGGCCGAAACCCAGAUUGUAGAAAAGGAAGAAGACAAAGAUGAUCGAUUGAGCUCACUCUUCCAGACGAAAUCCUCAUCGAAAUUCUGUCACUCCUUCCGAUCAAAUUCGCCGCCGCCACCUCCAUCUUAUCCCACCGUUGGCGUCACCUCUGGACCGGCGUAACCGGCGUCAAUUUCUUUGAUUGUGUAUCAGAGUCCACCGACAUAAUCGACCUCGUUCUACAGAAGCUUACAUCUCGGAAACUCCACCAGUUUGUUCUCGAUUUUGACUAUUUUGACGAAUAUCCAGAGGACGCCUAUGUAUCAGAAUCAGUAUCAUGGUUUCGACAAGUUUGCAGCCGAAAUGUGGAGAAUAUCAUAUUCACUACGCCUCGAGAACAAGUACCAGAGUAUGGUGAAGCGCCCUAGAGUAUAUAUUGAUGCACCCAAAUUGGCAAACCUUGAGAUUCAUGAUUGCAAUUCUAUUUAUUACUUUCUCCGGAAUCCAACUGCAUUAGUCAAAGCGCAUAUUGACUUGAAGGAUAAUGCCAAGUUAUGGCAGUAUUUAGAUGAAGAGGGUAAUGGCUCGUUAGAAGGAGCACAAAAAGAAUAUCUUCGCCAGAUGGCCAAUUUUGUUAGAGGGUUGUCUAGUGCUAGCAAUCUGAAGCUGAAGCUAAAGAGUCCGACCAACAUAUUCAGAUAUGGUAGUUUUGUGAAUCUGCCAAUCUUUUCUAAUUUAACCCGCCUUGAAACAAAGGGCACUAUGGAUUUGUUGCGUUCCUUACAUUGUUUUCCUAACUUAGAGCAUCUUGUGGUGUGUCUAUGGUCAGAAGACUUACAACCCUUAGAAACACUUGGUUUUCUAAUGGAGUAAAGCUAUUGGUUGCCACCGGAUUCUAUUCCAGAUUGUUUAUUAGGUAAGCUCAAGACUAUACAAUUAAGUGAAAUACAGGGGACCGACGAUACCCUGAGGCUGCUAGUGUAUAUUCUGAGUAAUGCAAAUGUUCUGGAAAAGCUUUGCAUACGUCUUCGAUUGGUAGAAAGUGUUAACCCAAAACAUGAACGUGAAGAAGCAUAUGCAAUGUGGAAGGAAUGUCAGUUCUGUAAGUCGCUGUUU